AUGACGUCGAUCGUUGUUGUUCCAACCAUUGCUGUAUGCACUGGCGCAGUUGCAGCAUUAGCCGUGCCUUUCAUUGCGCUUCAGGAAAUUCUCGAUAAAAGAAUGCGUAAGAACUUUAAGAAGCACCUCAAAAGAAGAAGCUCUUGCCGUGUCAACUUUGGAGAAAUCAUGUCCUUGUACGGUUUUGCGAAGUGUGAUAAGAAAGACAAUGAAUGUGCAACAAGUGUAUCAUCUAAUACGUCGAACCCUCCUGCAUAUGAAGACAUAGUUAUACCACCCCCACCAUACAACCAGCGUCAGUUUUAG